AUGACCACUUUUGAUGACAUUUUGGAGGAAUCGGGGCCAUUCGGCCGCAGCCAGAAGCGGAUCUUCGCCCUGUUCUGUCUUGUGUCCAUGCCCUGGGCUGGUGUGUACGUGGGCAUUGUCUUUCAGGGGUACACCCCGGAUCACUGGUGUCGGGACUCUGAGGUGAUGGAGAGGAGGCAGACGUGCGACUGGAGUCUGGCUCACACUCGCAGGCUGACGACGCCACUGGUCAACAGCUCUGGAGCUCUGCAGCCGAGCAGCUGUGAGCAGUAUGACCUGGACUGGAACACCACAGCGCUCACCUGUGACACACUGGAGCUGGACCUCAGCAAAGCCCCAACAACUAGCUGCAAGAACGGCUGGGAGUACGACUAUGAGGGACGGAGAUCUUUCGUCACUGAGGCAAGUAUUGUGAUCAGGCUAAAUCAGACUUUUGAUAUUUGUAAAUGAAAGCAAACUGAUAUAGUUGAUAAAAGAAGGUCAAAUGUACCAGUUUUUAAGUGUGUAAUAGCAUUGUUUUUGUAAUAUCAAUGCAUAAAACACAAAUUAAAUAUAAGAAUGAAGCACAUUUAAGAACAGCUGCAGAAAUGUUGUAUGACAAUGACAGGCAGGAAGGUUUCAAUACAGUCAAUUAAAGUAAAGGAGCACCAACAUGCACAACAAUAUAGAAAUACAGAAUGAAAUUUCAUUUUCAAGAAAUAAAAAAUAAAAGCAGAGUAAACAUUUUAAAAGAACUGACAUCCCAAAAAUGUCUGACAUUUUUUUAAACAUGCAAAUCCAGGAGUGCAGAAGAAAUGCAAAUUGUAGAUCUUAAUGCAACUUUGUGUUGUACUUUGUCUUAAUUUCAAAUUCUCCUUCACAUGCAGGUGCAAUCAAGAUAAAACGUUUUACACUUGUGUUUCUAUUAUUUGUAUAACAACCCCAUACGUCUCAGUUUCCAUGGUUUCCAAAACAAAUGGCUUUGACAGACACAAAUGCCUCCGAGCAAUACCUACACAUCAGACAUAAUAACGUUAUGGUCAUUUCUUUGUGUUUCCCAGUUCGACCUGGUGUGUGCAGAUGGAUGGUUGGUGGACAUGUACCAGGCCACCCUCAACGUGGGAUUCCUGAUCGGGAGUAUUGCCAUUGGCUACCUGGCCGACAGGUGCGUCUGUCUCUGAUUGGCUAAUCUACUUUUAUUUAUGCUGUGAUCAGUGCAAACAGAAUUUUCUGGUACAUUUUAUAUUUUUGAAAGGUUGAUUUUAAUCUUGGUCAGCUAUGAACCUAAAACUGUAACACCCAUCCAUGUCACAUAAUACCAGAACUUUGGGUCCAAUCCAAAUUUUUUAAUUAGACAUGAAAAUAAAAACCCGACUGCAAAUGCUAAAAACUUGCAGGCAUCGUAAAAGGGAUGUGCAGGUUUAGUUGACUUGAUUUCAUCAUUGCAGGUCUUAAAUAUCAGUCAUAUACUGCAGAUAAGCUGUAGUACUACUGCCAUGAGUCAGGAAUAUAGCUGUAGAUGAUGGUUAUAGUGCUAUAAUACUCUACUACCCGGAUGUAAACAAGCAACUUAAACUGGUAUAUAAGCAUGUAACUGAAUUGUUUAAGUGUUUUCUAACAUUUGAAUUAAUCAGUCAGUGUAAUUUUCUAUUUAAAUUCUCUUUAAAUGUAAAUAUAUGAAUAUAAGUGGAACAUAACCACAUAAAAAAGCUCAAGCUGAGUGUUUUUUUUUCACGUGUUUGCGUGUCUCCAGGUUUGGCCGGAAAAUGAGCUUCCUGAUGUCCAGCCUGCUGAAUGGAAUCGCAGGAAUCCUGGUGGCUAUUGCUCCAAAUUAUGUUUCCUUGCUGGUUUUCCGAACACUGUACGGGUUUGGUGUGAAAGGAGGCUGGGUGGCAGGAUACGUGCUGAGUAAGAACCCGGUUUAAUUCUGCAAAGAGAUUCACGAUGUGUACAGUCAAAAACCUCUGAUAGUAAUCUGAAAUGCCUCUCAGUCACAGAGAUUGUCGGCGUGGAGUACAGACGCACGGUUGGAGUCAUUUAUCAGAUGUUCUUCAGCGUCGGCAUCCUCUUCCUCCCUCUGCUCGCCUACUUCAUCACCGACUGGCGUUGGCUGCAGGUGGUCAUCACCUUACCCUACAUAUUCUUCCUGUCCUACUACUGGUGAGACACACCCCUUUUCACAUCAAGUUUUGAGAGGAUCAGUCUGCCUCCCAAGAUCAGGCCUGCUGUCUUUGCUUCAUGAAGUUUUGGUAUUUACAGGUUCAUCCCAGAAUCUCCAAGGUGGCUCCUCUCUCAGAACAAAAAGGCCAAGGCUGUGGCAAUCACGGAGGCCAUAGCCAAGGAGAACAAGAAGACUCUGUCCAAGAACAUUGAGGUACAAAUAUUUCCUGAAUUAUUUACACCAACAGAAGUUUCUCUCAACAUGAAAUUUUUGAGUGUGCAACAUUUUUGGAGGCAUCACUCAGAGCGUAUUUUUGAUCCUUCAGACUCUGGCUGAUGAUAACGCGGACACUAACACUGCCUCCUUCAUGGACCUGAUCAGGACUCCAAAAAUGAGAAAACACACCAUCAUUCUCAGCUACAACUGGUGAGGAUGUUUAUUUAAACUUAUAACUUCAUAAGUUCACUACUUAUCUAUGCAUUUUUAAACAUCCCACCCCUUGCUUCGUCCAGGUUCACCAGUGCUGUGGUCUACCAGGGUUUAAUCAUGAGGUUGGGUAUUCUUGGAGGAAAUGUGUACAUUGAUUUCCUCAUUUCCGGCCUGGUGGAGUUCCCUGCUGCCUUCCUCAUCCUCUUCACCAUCGAACGUAUCGGCAGACGCCUUCCUUUCGCCUCUGCCAACUUCGUAGCCGGAGCCUCCUGCUUCAUCACGGCUUUCAUCCCUGACAGUAAGACUUUGCAGACAGAUGGAAAUUUAAGCAGGUUGUUAUUUUCUCUCUUUCUCUAACACUCGUUUUUGACCCUGCAGGUAUGUUCUGGUUUAAGACAGUAGUGGCAUGUAUUGGUCGGCUUGGGAUUACUAUGGCCUUUGAGAUGGUGGUGUUUGUGAACACUGAGCUCUAUCCAACCUUUGUCAGGUAAACUUAAACACUAAGACUUGUGUUUUGAAGAGAUGCACUUGUAGAGCCUGAUUUGACCUAAGCUGUGAUUUUUCUCUCUUUAGGAACCUAGGAGUGUCAGUUUGCUCCACACUCUGUGAUGUCGGAGGCAUCGUAGCACCGUUCCUUCUCUACAGAUUGGCUGUAAUCUGGCUGGAGCUCCCGCUCAUCAUCUUUGGUGGGUUUCAGAUUUAAAUGCUGGUUGCAUUUAAACUGCAUUGCCAACAUUAUCAGUGAAAGCCCUGAUGAGUUAUAAAAGUUAAAACUAUGCGUCCUUAUUUAGGGUCCCUGGCUUUCCUGGCGGGUGGUUUGGUGCUGUUGCUUCCUGAAACCAAAGGCGUGCCGCUGCCUGACACAAUUGAUGACAUUGAGUUCCCAGACAAGUAAGUUUCCAGUCUCAAAUCAUGAAAUAGUGAAACACAUUUUUGUAUCAUCCUAGGCAUGUACAGCUUUGUGUGUGUGGAUAAAGUGUAUGUAUCCUCUUGAAUACUUAUUCUCAAGCAUUAUGCUGAUGACGCUAUUAUAUUUUUCUUAAAUCUUCAAUUUUUUUUAAAUUUUGUUAUGAAAUGGAAUUUUAAAAAUGGUUUUAUUUGCUCUGUGUUUUCAGGUUGAUGGAAAAAGCUGACCUGAAGAACCAACAGCUGACCAACCUGCUGCCAGAGAAGAACGGCAUAACAACCAACAAAGUUCCAGAAACAGUUUAA